ACAUCCCACCCGCCCAUUUCGGCUCCCAUUUAUUAUACAAGAUCCCGGGGUAUAGCUCCAGGGGUGGUGGCCUCGACCUUUUAUUCUUCUCAACCCACAUUUCCCUGCCCAAGAGACACAACAAGGCAGAGGCGGAAGAGGGAGCAGCUCCUUUUUUACAAGUAUCAUCACCAACAGAUACCUACCUCCUACCUACUUACCUACCUACAACGACAUCGCAUUCCGACAGCCGCGCUCUCUUCCUACCGACUGGGGUCUCUUUCCUUGCACCCACCCGCCCCGGCACAUGUGCCUCAUGUGAACCACCACAUUCCAUCACUGCCCAACUAGCGUCACGAUGCCCCCGAUAGAACGGGACGUCCCCAGCCAGCUGGACCGGACCCUGAGACACCAGCAUUCCGGCUCUUCGGACCACAGCCGGGCGUUGAUCCCAAUGUGGGACAGCUCCGACCCAGACAGGGCGCCGCCGCCGCUGCCUCUGAACCCCCAGUCACCCAGCGUUGGCGGUUCACCGUCCAAGCCAGGCACUUCGGCCGCUAUCCAGUCGGCCCACGCAGCGCUGGCCGAGAAGGCCCGCGAGAAUUCGCUCGUACCGGCGCCUCUUGGCAAGAACUCGACCCACCGUCGCAAACAGUCGCAGCACGGCAGCGUCCGUGAUCUGGGCUUCAUGAUUGAAAGUGGGCGAGAGUCGGUCAACUCGACCCCGCGCUCGCAUGAGAAGUAUCCCCGCCCGGGCACACCUGGGCACCGGGACCCCUUUUUCGACUCGAGGCCACAGGAUGACCGGGAACCACCACCGGAGGUGAAGGUGCUCUCGCUCUCUCCUGGCCCUAGCCUGACACCCAUAAUCAGACCCAUCGCUCGCCGCUCGACCCACAGCAUACUCGGCGAGAACACGCCGCCGCAGUCGGCCACGAUGUUGGCAUUGCAGAACCUGUCUACUCCGACCAGGGACGGCAACGCCAACGGGAACGGGAACGGCAACAAUAAUCAGGGCAACAGCCAUAGCAAGCCUCCGAGGGAGCUACGGGAGCUACCCCAGGCGCCAGCCGCGUCUGCCCCUAGGGAGCACAGGGACCACAGGGAUCACAGAGACUACAGGGAUCACAGAGAUUACAGAGAUCACAGGGACAGCCAAAACCCUCCAAAGGAGAAGCCGCCAGCCCAGCCCGAGCCGGUACCCCUUUCUAAUGUGACGAACUCGGCGCCAUCUACAGCCCUUGUCAGGCAGCCACCCAACGCUGCUUUGGACGCAUUGUCGCAGCAAAUCCUCAGCCUGACAAACAUCGCCACGUCACUGCAGAAGGAGAUGUCACAGCUGAGCCGGCGCAGCAGGGACAACGCUACCGACCUGCUGAGCCUGAAGGAGGCUACCAAUACGCGUGACGAAGACAUCCGCCGCAGCCUGCGUGAUCUCCUUUCUAGCACCAAUGAGAUCUCGUCACGGGGCUCCACGAGGGACCCCUAUGGCGCCAGUCUUCUCAUCGACAGCAAGCCUCACGCUGCAGGCUCCCCGAUGUCCAAGGUUGGGAGGCCCUUCUCACUUCCUCGCAUUCCAUCACUCAACAGCUUCUCCGCGUCGGUGGAUGGGGAUCGCAUGAGCACCCCGUCGCUCUGCGGCCUUGUGGCCGACGGCCCUGCCACCAUAUCCCUGCUGGAGAGGAUUGUGCGUGAAAUGGGCACCAAGGAGGGCCACGACAACCUCAUCUCUCGUCUCUCGGAUGUGGCCGACAAGGUUGCGGGCAUGGCAACUGCAAAGAAGGUCGAGGAGCUGCUCAACCUUGUCAAGAGUAGCCACGAGCAGUCUGCUAUGGUGGCUGCCACCGAUGCGAGCGGUGGUGGUGGUCGUGGCGGAUCAGUGUUCCCGAGACAAGCAAGCUUCGACGGAGAACUACCGUCGCCUGGAUCCGGCGGCAUUGGAUUCGGCGGCCCGGGUGGAGGGGCUCUCCAGCGCACGGGAGAACACCUUGGCGAGGUCGACACUCACCAUGCAUCGGCGCCCUCUUCAGGGGCACCGGACGCGGUGACAGGCGACAUCCUCAACGUCAUCCGAACUGUCAAGGACAGUGUCGCCCAGGGCGGCGGACUUACGGCUGAGGUCAAGGCGCUCGUCCGCGAGCUGCGAGGCGAGGUGCUAGGAAUGGGCCGCGAGAUAGGGCGACGACUGGAAGAUGUGCAGGCCAACAAGUCCGACCAAACCGAGACGGUGACGCAGGCCGAGAUGAGCCGGGUCAUCGAUGAGGGGCUCGAGGAGAUGAGGCAACACAUGGAUCAACUGCUGAAGGAGCACCAUAAUCAGUCGGCCACGGCUGUCGCGUCAGGAGGCACCGUGGUAGACUACGCCGAAGUGUACAACUCUGUUCGCGCUGCGCUCAAGGACUCGCGGCCGGGCACUCAGGACGUCACUCGCGAGGAUGUCAUGGACGCAGUUAAGGAAGCCUGGGAAGCGUACAAGCCUGAGAUCGAGGUACAAACCAUUGGACUGGAGCGCGACGAGGUGCUACAGUGCCUGAAGGAAGGGCUGCGCGAGUACGCCCCAGCCGGCGACGCCGCCCCCGGUGUCACUCGAGACGAAGUGCUCACGGCCGUGGUCGAAGGCCUCAAGCAUUUUGUGCCCCCGCAAGCCGAGACACCCGCGGCUCUCUCCCGAGACGAGAUACUUGAUGCAGUCAGGGAGUGUCUUGAGGAGUUCGAGUUCCCGGUUGCCGCAUCGGCAGUGGGUGCAGAGGUCACCAAACAGGACAUGCUGGACGCAGUCAAGGAGGGCCUCGAAGGCCUGGACCUGCCAGUACCUGCCGCCCCUACACAGUCGACAGUUAACAACGACGAGGUCUUGGCGCGACUGGGCGAGAUCGUCGAGCUCAUGCGCGACGAGUUCCGCACUAUAUCAACUGAGGCCAAAGACAGCAAGGCCGCCAGCGAGCGAGAAAUGGAGCAGGUUCUCGACGCAACCAAAGACGGGUUCGCGAAGCUGCGAACUGAUAUCGAGUCUUAUGUCGACAAGGCUGCGGGCGGCGGCAGCAGCCAGGAGGGCUUCCUGGACGGACUGGUUCACACGCUCGACGAUUUCCGCGAGGAGAUUGCGGAGCUCGUGUCCAAGGCCUCGGACAGCUCUCGCAAGGUGCUGACGACGGAAAUCGAGAACCUGCGCGAUGCCGUGAACUCGUCCCUCGUUCCCAUGUCUGCCAUACCCAGCGCCAACAUCGGCGGGAGCAACAAGGAUGUGAUGGAGGCGCUGCACGAUGGAAUCAGCAGCCUGCGCAACGAGAUUGCCAGCCGACCCAUCGCCGGCACCAACGAGGUCCUCGACGCGCUACAGGAGAGCAUGCAGGACCUGCGGGAGUGCAUUGAGCGCGUCGGCAACAAACCCAUCGACCUUACUGCCAACGAUGAGAUCCUCGAUGCCCUCAAAGCGGGACUGGAUGGCGUCAAGUCAGACAUCAAGUCGGAUAUUAACGAUAUCCGCGAGCUCGCCAACCCCAACGAGAAGGCCGUUGUAGCCAUUGAUAACACCUCGGGCUCGAUGAGCACUGCCAUGGUGCCCAUUGACGUGCUGCGACAUGACGACAUUAAGAAUCUCGAGAGGCUCAUCGCCCAACUCCAGAUGAAGAUAGACACCAUGGAGUCCCCGGGCGAUAGCAGUGCCGCCUCGGUGGCCGUUGCGGCCGCCACGGCUGCCGCUGCUGCCGUGCCAACCCUUACCAAGGCCGAUGUCGCGUCCAAGCUCGAUCUUUCGGGCGCUGUCGAGACCCUCGCCUCCAAGGAUGAUCUUUCGGGGGUGACCGACACCCUGGCAUCCAAAGAGGAUCUCUCGAGCGUGGCCGAGAUCCUGGUGUCCAAGGAGGACCUUUCCGAAGCAACAGGGACUCUCGCAUCAAAGGACGACCUCGGGGGUAUUAUCGAGAAGCUGCAAAAGCUGCAGGAGACGGUUGAAGCAGCUGCUGCCAGUGACUCUGCGGCGCCCGACCCGGCAACGCGGGAGGACGUGGUAGCCAUCGAGACUAUCCUCCGGAACACCAAGGGGCGCCUCGACGACAUGGUGGACGGCGAGCAGGCGGUGCGCAAGGACCACAUUGACGCCCUAGAAACGGUGGUGCUCGAGACGAAAGAGUCGCUCGGGGCGCUCAAGACAAGGCUCGAGUGCCUUGACGGGCUCUCGCGACAGGAAGACCUCAAGGAGGUGGAGUCGUUGAUUGCGCAGGUGGCCAACGAAUUCGAGGAACUCAAGGACCGCCACGAGAAGCAGCUCGCCGAUCCCGAGCGUGUCACCAAGACGGACGUCGCAGGCGUCGAGGCCAUGUGCCAAGACAUUAAGACAGCCGUCAACCACAUGGUCCAGACUGAUUUGGCCGCUCUGCCCACGCGCGACGACCUCCAAAGGCUCGAGACGCUUCUGGCCGAGGUUCGCUCAAUGGCAGGCUCAGAGUCGGAAAAGAUGGCCAAGGCCUUUGAGGACCGCCAAGCUGAGACGGUUGGCGUGGCUGAGACGGUCAACGAGGUCAAAGCCUUCCUUGAAGAAUUCCAAUCAACCGUCAAGAGCCAACUCGAGGAUGGCGCGGGCGGUGUCAACAAGGUGGGCCACCUCCUCGAGACGCUGGGUGAGAAGGUCGGGAAGAGCGUCAGCGUCGGUGACGAACUCAAGGAGAUGCUCGAGGCCGUCAAAACCGAGGUGGAAGAGUCGCGCGUCGGCGCCGUUGGGGCUAAGCUCGAGACGGACGAGAAGCUUCAGCAGGCGGCGGACGCGGUCGCGGCCAAGAUCGACGAGAAGGUCGGGGAGCUCCUGAACAAGUACAACGCCUUCCAAGCUCAGCUGGAGGAGCGGGCCAAGACGGGCGAGGCCCGGGACGAGCAGAUGGAAGCAGCCGUGGUGGGCAGCAAGGCAGUGGCGGACGAGCUCAAGGCACUGAUCGACACGCUCGGCUCGGCCGUGACGGACUCGCUCGAGAAGAUGGAGGAGGCAUCCAAGACGGUAUUCGGACGCGUGGAGGACCUCGUUGGCCGCGUCGACGAGAACCACACAGACGACAAGGCCGAGCACCAGCAAACGCGCGACGAGGUCAAGCGUGCCGUCGACGCGGUCGAGGGUCUUCAGGGCCAGGUUUCCGAGUACCAGCCGCAGAUCCUGGACAGCCUCAAGGACGUCCUGCUCAUCGUUGGACAGCACUACGAACACUCCAAGGCGUCCACCGACACAAUCCGGGAGAAGAUCGAGGAAGCCAAGCCAGAGCCGCUCAUGCUGCCCCCUCCGCCGGAGAAGUACGACGACAGCCAGGUUGUGCAGAGGCUCGACCACCUCUCGGAGAAGUACAACGGCGCCGUUCUGCUAGAGAAGCUCGAGGGCCUCACGGACCGCUACAAUGGCGACGUUGUGCUCGAGAAGCUCGAGGGUCUCUCGGAGCGUUACAAUGGUGACGUAGUUCUGGAGAAGCUCGAGGGCCUGUCGGAACGCUGCAACGGCGAUGUCGUUCUUGAGAAGGUCGAGAGCCUAUCCGAGCGGUACAACGGCGAUGUCCUUCUCGAAAAGAUCGAGGGCUUGUCGGAGCGUUACAACGGCGACGUUCUUCUCGAGAAGGUCGAGGCGCUCUCGCAACGCUACAACGGUGACGUCCUUCUCGAGAAAGUCCAGGGCGUCUCGGAACAGUGCGACGGUAUUCUCCUCUCAGUUCCCGAGAAGGUGGACAGUAUGGGCGAAAAGCUCGAGGCCGGCAUCCUCUCCAACGGCGAGAAGCUCGACAAACUGGUCGACAAGGCCGAGCAGGACAGCACCAUGAUCAACGACAAGCUCGAAAAACUGUCGGACAAGACCGACGGGGACCAGCUCAUCGUCGUCGAUCGGCUUGACAAGUUGUCGGAAAAGGCCGAUAGCGACCAGCUGAUGGUGGUAGAGAAGCUGGAGAAGUUGGCUGAGCAGGGCGACAGCGACCAGCUUGUCGUGGUCGAUAAGCUCGAAAAGCUGUCUGAGCAGACCAGCUCCGGCCAGACGACGGUUCUAGGCAAGCUUGAUGGCCUGUCAGACAAGGUCGACCAAGACAAGACUGCAGUACAUGGCAAGCUUGACCGGCUCGUAGACCACACCCAGGAGGCGGACAAGGCCUUCGCCCGGCUCGACACACUCGACAAGGUUCACCAGCAGGUGAUCCAGACGGCCGCUGAGGUGGCGGCGCUGGUGGCGGCGCAGACGGCGCGUAUCGAGGACGACCGCAAGGAACGCGAGAAGACGCUGCAGGACACUCUGCUGGCCGUGGAGCGCGGCGCGGCGCAGAAGGAGGCCCUCGAGGCCAGCGUUGCCGCCCUCCGCGAGGAGCAGGAGUCGCUCAGGCGCAGUGUCGAGGCCAUGCGCGCUGAGCAGGACGAACUCUCUCGCCGGAGGAUGCGGCUCACUGCCGAUGUGGCCUCGCUCGAGACGGCUGCCUCACUGCGCCGUGAGGAGCUGCGCGAGGUCGAGGACCGCGCGCAGGGCCUCGAGCGGCGCAUCCUUGAGGGCGUUAUGGACCACUCUCGCGUGCUGCUGAUGGCCAAGUCCGGUGGCUUCACCGGCAAGGGCCGUGAUGCCAUGAGCCGCAAGCGCGUGUCAUCACAGCGGCAGGGUGGGAGGGACUCGCUGGGCUCAACUGCCGCGGACGACACGCCCAGGGCAGGCAGUAAGCGCUCGUCAGAACACAAGAAGCAGCGCGCAGCGCCCAUCAACAUGGCAAUGGCUACACCCUCCAACACCAACGGCAUGGCGCCACCCAGCCAGUCCAGCGCCAGUGGCGUAGCCCGUCGCAUCGUCUCUCUCAGCCAGAUCAACAACAACGUCGCUGGCGGCGGCUUCAAGCGCAGCCAGAGCGUGCGUCAGCCCGGCGGGCGUUCCGGCAUGCGCAAGACGAGCUGGGCGGGAAGCCGCGCCACAACGCCUGUGCCUCCGGUCCCAGCAGUACCCGCCGGGGUCGCCAAGGGCUACGGCGAUCUCGACGGUGACCGGGAGGACAAGGAGAACAGCGUCCCGCAGUCGGCCGGUGGCGAGAACGACGACAGCGACUACGACGACGCAGGGGACACUACAACUCUACAACACCGCGUACCUUCUCUAUCUGUCAACGGCGGUGGCGCCGAGGUGGACGGCGACAACGGGCACUCGAGGCACACGGAGACGACGUACGACGAGACAGGUGACGAGUAUGACAACUGCUCUGAGCACGACGGCGAUAUUGGCGACGCGGCCGAUGAGGGCGAGGUGGUGGUGUAACAGCCUUGACGGUUUCUAAUACUUAUUCUGGGUGCUGCUGCUGGUUUAUGUUGAUGCUGGCAGCAGUGAGAGUGAGGGAGGGGGGAGAGUAGGCAAAGGGAGUCUGUUGACGUUUUUUUGUAGGAACAGAAAGGUGUGGAGGAGGUUCUUUCAUCGUUUUGUACCCUCGAUUUUUUUGUUUAUCACGCUGCUCUGUUUCCGGUGUCUUGUUUUGCUCUUCUCUGGGUUGUUUGCUUGCACGGCUUGUCUGGAUUCUUUCUUUCUUGUUUACACCUGUUCUUGUCUGUCUUUGCUGUAUUUCGCAUCAAGUACUGAGAUGUCACGACGAUUCCCUUCUCAUUGGGAUCGCUUUCGAGCCCAAUGCUAUCAUAACUUUGGUUCUCGCACUCAUUGAUUCACUCCUGC